UGAGAUUGUCCAGCGGUCUUGACCCUGAAGGGUGGAGAACUGUGGUGUAAGAGUGAUGGUUCGAAAUGGCGGGGUGAGGAGCGAAUACAGUCUGUAACAUCUCCCCAGGUUGUUUUAUAGGUCUCCUCCCCACCCCUUCUACCCUGCUUUCUGGAGCCUGGAACAGGGGCUCUAGGUGGAGAUUCUUGGGGGGAGGGUCCAGAACAUGGCUGCCCUGUUAAUGGGUGAUGGAAUUUGCACAAGAGCUGGGCAAAGGUGAAAGGAGCUGGGCAAAGGCGAAAGGGCCAUGUCCUGACCCAAAUCCUCAUCCCUUCUCUCCGCUUCAUUGACACCCCACCUCCUCCCCACUCCAGGCAGCUAGCUUCACUCAACUCUGACCUCUUACUCUCUGCUUAAGUCUGGCCCACGCCAGCCAAGACAAGACAAAAUGCAGGGCAGCAUGAGCCGACCACCCCCCCAUCCCAUCCAGCUGUGCUCCGUGGGCUCCCAAGAUUCCCUGGUUCCUCUGCCACCAACGCCACUGCGGCCUGCUGUCCAAAAUCCCUCCUCUCGCUCUGGGGCUUCUCCGGGUGGGCCUCCUCCCUGGGGCCUCAGCUGUCUUCUGGCUCUGCAGCACAUCUUGGUCCUGGCUUCUCUGCUGUGUGCCUCCCACCUGCUCCUGCUUCGAAGUCUCCCCCCAGGAGGACUCUCUUACUCCCCUGCCCAGCUCCUGGCCUCCAGCCUCUUUUCAUGUGGUGUGUCUACCACCCUGCAGACUUGGAUGGGCAGCAGGCUGCCUCUUGUCCAGGCUCCAUCCUUAGAGUUCCUUGUCCCUGCUCUGGUGCUGACCAGCCAGAAGCUACCUUUGGCCAUCCGGACACCUGGAAACUGUGAGCACAGAGCAAGGACACAGGCCUCCUUCGUGCUGCGCCUGUGUGGGGAACCUGGCUGCCCUGGCCUGGAAUCCUGGAACACUUCUCUCCGAGAGGUGUCUGGGGCCGUGGUGGUGUCUGGGCUGCUGCAAGGCAUGCUGGGACUGCUGGGGGGUCCUGGCCACUUGUUCCCCCACUGUGGGCCCCUAGUGCUGGCCCCCAGCCUGGUGGUGGCAGGGCUCUCUGUCCACAGGGAGGUGGCCCUGUUCUGCUCCACUCACUGGGGACUGGCUUCGCUGGUUAUCCUGCUCAUGGUGGUCUGUUCUCAGCACCUGGGCUCCUGCCAGUUAUCCCCACGCCCCUGGAGGCCAGCCUCAUCCUCUUCACCUCACACUCGCAUCCCUGCCUUCCGGCUCCUCUCGGUGCUGAUCCCAGUGGCCUGUGGGUGGAUCGUCACUGCCCUUCUGGGUCUCAGCGUCAUCCCCCUGGAGCUGUCUGCCCCCUCCAAGGCACCGUGGUUUUGGCUGCCUCACCCUGCUGAGUGGGACUGGCCCCUGCUGACGCCCAGGGCUCUGGCUGCAGGCAUCUCCAUGGCCUUUGCAGCCUCUACCAGCUCCCUGGGCUGCUACGCCCUGUGUGGCCGGCUGCUGCAGUUCCCUUCUCCACCUCCACAUGCCUGCAGUCGAGGGCUGAGCCUAGAGGGUCUGGGCAGUGUGCUGGCCGGGCUGUUGGGGAGCCCCAUGGGCACUGCAUCCAGCUUCCCCAAUGUGGGCACAGUGAGUCUUCUCCAGGCUGGAUCUCGGCGAGUGGCCCACUUGGUGGGGCUGCUCUGCAUGGCGCUGGGGCUCUCCCCGAGGCUGGCCCAGCUCCUCACCACCAUCCCGCUAUCUGUGCUUGGCGGGGUGCUGGGGGUGACCCAGGCUGUGGUUCUGGCUACUGGAUUCUCCAGCUUCCACCUGGCUGACAUUGACUCCGGGCGGAAUGUCUUCAUUGUUGGCUUCUCCAUCUUCAUGGCCCUGCUGUUGCCAAGGUGGCUUCAGGAAGCCCCGGUCCUCCUGAGCACAGGCUGGAGCCCCUUGGAUGUGUUACUGCGCUCGCUGCUCAGAGAGCCCAUCUUCCUGGCUGGACUUUUGGGCUUCCUCCUGGAGAACACCAUUCCUGGCACACAGCUUGAGCGAGGCCUAGGUCAAGGGCUGCCAUCUCCUUUCGCUGCCCAAGAGGCUUGGAUGCCUAAGAAGUCCAGGGAGAAGGCUGCUCAAGAGUACGAGCUUCCUCUCCCCAUUCAAAACCUGUGUCCCUGCAUCCCCCAGCCCCUCCAUUGCCUCUGCCCGCUGCCUGAAGACCAUGGGAAUGAGGAAGGAGGGCCCUCUGAGCCAGGAGAGACAGCCGACUUGCUGCCUAGCUUUGGGGAGCAAUGCCCAGGGUCUAGCAGAGAACUUAGGCCCCAGUAAUUACUA